AUGGCCUCCAUCUUGCCUACAGUCAUUGUUUUGGGGCUUGUCCUCAUUCUUAUGGCCUGCUCGUGGUUGUUUACCCGUAAGGGCCCAAACCAAACGCUUAUUCGAACAAGCUUGAUGCUCGCUCUUGCUUGCUGCUACUUGAUGUGGAUGGUUACGUACCUUGCACAAGUGCACCCGCUGGAACGUAAGCCCAGUAACUACUAA